UUCCUGAUCGUGUUCCUGCGACUGCAACUGCAACUGCUGCUCUCUUCCGCCCGUCAACCUGCACCGUGGCAUCAUCGCUACUUCGAGUCCUGCCAUCAGCAUCACUGUCAUCGUCCGCGCGAAGGACAUUCAGCACCACCCUCCCACCCCGCUUUCGAGGAACUGCCGCAAACAUGGUUGUCACCGCACUUAAGGACAACGCCGCCUUCCAAGCUGCCAUAAACCCCGCUGCCGUCGCCAGCGAAGGCAAGAAACUCGUCGUCGUCGACUGCUUCGCGACCUGGUGCGGCCCCUGCCAGGCCAUCGCCCCCAAAGUCAACGAGUUCAGCGAGAAAUACCCCGACGUCGCCUUCUACAAGAUCGAUGUCGACGAUGCUCCCGACGUCGCGCAGGAGUUGGGCGUGAGGGCCAUGCCGACUUUCGUGUUCUUCAAAGAUGGACAGAAGGUCGACGAGGUGCUCGGCGCAGUGCCUCCGGCUUUGGAGGCGGCGAUCCAGAAGAACCGGGCAUAGAUUAUUUGAUUAUUUUUUCCUUUUUUUUUUUUUUUCGGUUAACAAGGGGAGAUGUUGAAGAUCGAAAUUUGGGAUGAAUAGAUGCUUGGGAUACUAAGGAGGGAGGUUUGAAGGGGUAGACAUUUGUUGUUAUUGAUUCUGCUUGUUUUAGAGGCCUCUGCGGUGUUGUUUUUAUAAAUUUUCGCUUCAGAUAUCUUGAACAGAUCGGAUCUGGGCAUAUCUUAAAAAAACCACACCCACGCCCUGUCUACCUACCUACCUACCUACCUACCUGCCUACUCUACUCUACUCUAACCAAUGAAGAAUCUACGAC